AUGGAAAAAUAUUCACCGCCUCGAGCCACUGCUGAACUUCUCACUCGCUGCAUCCAAUUUGAGCCGCACCCUAAUGCAGACCCUAAUGCAGACCCUAAAGCAGACCCUAAUGCAGACCCUAAUGCAGACCCUAAUGCAGACCCUAAAGCAGACCCUAAUGCAGACCCUAAUGCAGACCCUAAUGCAGACCCUAAUGCAGACCCCAAUGCAGACCCCAAUGCAGACCCCAAAGCACACCCUAAUGCAGACCCUAAUGCAGACCCUAAUGCAGACCCUAAUGCAGACCCCAAUGCAGAACCUAAUGCAGACCCUAAUGCAGACCCUAAUGCAGACCCCAAUGCAGAACCUAAUGCAGACCCUAAUGCAGACCCUAAUGCAGACCCUAAUGCAGACCCUAAUGCAGACCCUAAUGCAGACCCUAAUGCAGACUCUAAUGCAGACCCUAAUGCAGACCCUAAUGCAGACCCCAAUGCAGACCCUAAUGCAGACCCUAAUGCAGACCCUAAUGCAGACCCUAAUGCAGACCCUAAUGCAGACCCUAAUGCAGACCCCAAUGCAGACCCUAAUGCAGACCCUAAUGCAGACCCUAAUGCAGACCCUAAUGCAGACCCCAAUGCAGACCCCAAUGCAGACCCUAAUGCAGACCCUAAUGCAGACCCCAAUGCAGACCCUAAUGCAGACCCUAAUGCAGACCCUAAUGCAGACCCUGAUGCAGACCCCAAUGCAGACCCUAAUGCAGACCCUAAUGCAGACCCUGAUGCAGACCCUGAUGCAGACCCUAAUGCAGACCCUAAUGCAGACCCUGAUGCAGACCCUAAUGCAGACCCUAAUGCAGACCCUAAUGCAGACCCCAAUGCAGACCCUAAUGCAGACCCUAAUGCAGACCCCAAUGCAGACCCUAAUGCAGACCCUAAUGCAGACCCUAAUGCAGACCCUAAUGCAGACCCCAAUGCAGACCCUGAUGCAGACCCUAAUGCAGACCCUAAUGCAGACCCUAAUGCAGACCCCAAUGCAGACCCUAAUGCAGACCCUAAUGCAGACCCUAAUGCAGACCCUGAUGCAGACCCUAAUGCAGACCCUAAUGCAGACCCUAAUGCAGACCCCAAUGCAGACCCUAAUGCAGACCCUAAUGCAGACCCUAAUGCAGACCCUAAUGCAGACCCUAAUGCAGACCCCAAUGCAGACCCCAAUGCAGACCCUAAUGCAGACCCUAAUGCAGACCCUAAUGCAGACCCCAAUGCAGACCCCAAUGCAGACCCCAAUGCACACCCCAAUGCACACCCUAAUGCAGACCCUAAUGCAGACCCUAAUGCAGACCCUAAUGCAGACCCUAAUGCAGACCCUAAUGCAGACCCUAAUGCAGACCCCAAUGCAGACCCUAAUGCAGACCCCAAUGCAGACCCCAAUGCAGACCCUAAUGCAGACCCUAAUGCAGACCCCAAUGCAGACCCUAAUGCAGACCCCAAUGCAGACCCUAAUGCAGACCCUAAUGCAGACCCCAAUGCAGACCCCAAUGCAGACCCUAAUGCAGACCCUAAUGCAGACCCCAAUGCAGACCCUAAUGCAGACCCUAAUGCAGACCCUAAUGCAGACCCUAAUGCAGACCCCAAUGCAGACCCUAAUGCAGACCCUAAUGCAGACCCCAUUGCAGACCCUAAUGCAGACCCUAAUGCAGACUCUAAUGCAGACCCCAAUGCAGACCCUAAUGCAGACCCUAAUGCAGACCCUAAUGCAGACCCCAAUGCAGACCCUAAUGCAGACCCUAAUGCAGACCCCAAUGCAGACCCUAAUGCAGACCCUAAUGCAGACCCUAAUGCAGACCCUAAUGCAGACCCCAAUGCAGACCCUAAUGCAGACCCUAAUGCAGACCCUAAUGCAGACCCUAAUGCAGACCCCAAUGCAGACCCCAAUGCAGACCCUAAUGCAGACCCUAAUGCAGACCCUAAUGCACACCCUAAUGCAGACCCUAAUGCAGACCCUAAUGCAGACCCCAAUGCAGACCCUAAUGCAGACCCUAAUGCAGACCCCAAUGCAGACCCUAAUGCAGACCCUAAUGCAGACCCUAAUGCAGACUCUAAUGCAGACCCCAAUGCAGACCCCAAUGCAGACCCUAAUGCAGACCCCAAUGCAGACCCUAAUGCAGACCCUAAUGCAGACCCUAAUGCAGACCCUAAUGCAGACCCCAAUGCAGACCCCAACGCAGACCCUAAUGCAGACCCUAAUGCAGACCCCAAUGCAGACCCUAAUGCAGACCCUAAUGCAGACCCUAAUGCAGACCCUAAUGCAGACCCCAAUGCAGACCCUAAUGCAGACCCUAAUGCAGACCCCAUUGCAGACCCUAAUGCAGACCCCAAUGCAGACCCUAAUGCAGACCCUAAUGCAGACCCUAAUGCAGACCCCAAUGCAGACCCUAAUGCAGACCCUAAUGCAGACCCCAAUGCAGACCCUAAUGCAGACCCUAAUGCAGACCCUAAUGCAGACCCCAAUGCAGACCCUAAUGCAGACCCUAAUGCAGACCCUAAUGCAGACCCUAAUGCAGACCCUAAUGCAGACCCCAAUGCAGACCCUAAUGCAGACCCUAAUGCAGACCCCAAUGCAGACCCUAAUGCAGACCCUAAUGCAGACCCUAAUGCAGACCCUAAUGCAGACCCUAAUGCAGACCCCAAUGCAGACCCUAAUGCAGACCCUAAUGCAGACCCUAAUGCAGACCCUAAUGCAGACCCUAAUGCAGACCCUAAUGCAGACCCCAAUGCAGACCCUAAUGCAGACCCUAAUGCAGACCCCAAUGCAGACCCUAAUGCAGACCCCAAUGCAGACCCUAAUGCAGACCCUAAUGCAGACCCCAAUGCAGACCCUAAUGCAGACCCUAAUGCAGACCCUAAUGCAGACCCUAAUGCAGACCCUAAUGCAGACCCCAAUGCAGACCCUGACUCCCCUCUCACCCACUCUCCUUAUUUCCUCCUCUCCAUCUUCCUCCUCUCUCGCCUCUCCCUCUCUCUCCCCUCACCCCUUCUGCUCUCCCCCCCCGCCCCCCCCCCCCCCCCCAGCCCCAGGGCACAGACCAGACCCCCCCACAACCUAAAGUCCACCUGCCCAAAUGUAUGUUUAAAACAACUAUAA